UUCCUGACUUACACUGUGAGAAUCCUCGGACAUGCCCACAGAGGCUGGCGGGUUUUGGAUUGUUGUUGCCUUUACCUGAGUCGAGUUCACUGUUUCAAGUGUGGCAUAGUUUCCGCAGGUUUGUUAAACUCUGGCGUGACACUAAUAGAAAAUGCUUCAGCGUUAACCUUCACUGGGUCAUCUCCCUCCAAGCUCUUGCUCUCCGAUGAAACUUUCGUCGUUGGUAGUUUAUUUCUGAAUGUUGUUUCCUCUGCAUUGCUAUUAGGUGCUGUUUCCGAUACUAAUACUGGCGUACUGUACAUCGCUCCUGAACCAGGACUAUACAUUGUGCUUUCCCUCGAUAAUGAUGGCGAGACUGACUUCACUUCCUCUACAGAAGUGAUAUGCGAUGAUGUCGCUGUAGGUGGUAUGCUCCUGCUGUACCUCACUUCUGGUACAGUGCUGAUCAUGGAGUUCUCGGGAGUUUGUACCAUCUCGUUGGAUAUAGCUUCUGAUACAGUGCUACUCGAUGCAGUAUCUGUCGAUGGUGACAGCUUGCCUGAAGUGGUAUGUCUUAUAGGGUAA